GUAAAUUGUCGCUCAGUAAAUAACAAAAAUCACAAUAUACAAAUGUUAAAUUCGCGAAAAGAAUUUGCAAAUAAUUUGUAAAAGCUUAUUAAUAUAUAAAAACAUUGUAAACAGUAUUAUUAAUACAUAGCUUUUAAAGUUUUUGCGAAAAUGAUGUAAACAUUGCGUUGAAUAAACACAAAAUUCCAGUGCACUGAGCAGAAAAAUCAAUUCUAAAAGCACUAAAACACCGAAGCGCUAGUUAGCAGCAGUGGCAGCGGCAUCGGCAGCAAAACAUCAGCACCAACGGCAGCUUACCGUGUUAAUAUGUGAAUUUUUGUUAGUGGAAUUAGCAGCGCAGUGGCUGAAGCAGCGAUAGCAAAGCAAAAGAAGACAUUGACACCCACGCAGUAACAGAAAAUCACUUGCAUGGAAUUAAUGAUUGUCUAGUGUGUGGCGGCGUCAAACAUAUAAUCUGGUGAAAACGUUGUGAAAAAAGGGUUUGGGUGCGUCGUGUGCGUAAAUCAGUUGCAAAGUCAAAUUAGUUGAGGGAAAAAAUUGCUAAGUGAAGCAAGAGCAAGCAAGUGUUCCGCGCGUGUAAACACAUUUAUAAAUACGUGCUGUUGUAUAUGCCUUGGUCAUACGCAGGUGUAAAUGCAGGUGUUGGUGCAGAAGGAAAGUGUGUGAAAUUCGGAAAACUCAGGCAGGUUGUCAUUCAUUCAUACAGCCACACACGCAGCAUAAGUCGUUUAGCAGGCGGUGCAAUCAACGUAGUCACAAAAAAACGCGAGUCCAGUUGAGUUGGUGCAUACUUUGGCGCUGUGCCAAAAGCGUAGUCUUUCAAGGUCGUCGGCAUUGAAGUGGGCAAUAACUAAAGCAAACGUUAGCCGUAUACUUGUAGUCGCGUAAAACUGCCAAAGUUAUUUGUGUGGCAAGUCAACGACGUCGUAAGGUUUAUUGGUUUGUGGUGACAGACGUUUAUAUUAUAAAACUGUAGUAUGGCUAUUAGUUUUGAGAAGCAUCGCGCACAAAUUGUAGCCGCUUGGAACGAUGUGCUCGACGACAAAAGCAGCACUAACUGGUCACUUUACGGCUACGAAGGGCAAACGAAUGAACUGAAAGUGGUGGGCAGUGGCGAAGGUGGCGUGGAGGAGCUGUGCGAGGAUCUGAAUAGCGGCAAAAUUAUGUACGCUUUUGUGCGUAUUGAAGAUCCGAAGACGGGUUUGAAAAAGUUUCUACUCAUCAAUUGGCAGGGGGAAGGCGCGCCAGUGCUGCGGAAAGGCACUUGUGCCAAUCACAUACACGAUGUUGCUAAGUUGCUGUCCGGCGCACAUUUAACGAUAAAUGCACGCAAUGAAGACGAUAUCGAUGUGGAGCGUUUGCUGAAGAAAUUGAGUGCCGUUAGCUCUACGUACAGUUUCAAAGAGCCGCGCGGUGUGCAGGAUGAACAGAAGACUCCGGUGGGCACAAAUUAUACACGCGUCAUACCGACAAAGGAGUUAAAUCCCAGUGUGAUGCAGGACUUCUGGAAGAAGGAGGAGGAAGAGGAGAAACGGCGCUUAGCGGCCGAGAAGGAAGCGAAGCGGCAGCAGCUGCUCAAGCUUGAGCAGGAACAACGCGCACGCGAAGAGAAGGAGCAUUUGGAGCGAGAGAAGAAAGUGAUUAGCACGUCUAAGCUGCAGCCGGCGCAUGUGCCGAUCAAAACUUCACCGCAACCACUUAGUCCCGAGAAGACUGUUGCCAGUAACUUCAAUGUCGGCAUAACUGAAGCAGAACGCAUGCGUCAACAGCGCAAUCAAGAGGCGCGUGAACUCAUCGGUUCGCGUGUCAUUGCCGCCAAAGCGAUUUUCACACAAAACACCAGUCAAGGCCAGUUGCAAACCAAAUUAAAUACCGCGCCACCUGCCAAACCUGCGCGCACAUCCAUCGCGCAACGUAUUAACGCCUUCAAUCAGCCACAGGCCACUGAACCGGAGCCGCGCAAACCCUCGCCUACACCCGGUAAAGUUGCGCUGUCGAAAUUCGAGGAUGUCGGUGCCGUUAACAACACACAACAACCACUGCAACAUGAGCAACAACAAAUGCAGCAGCACCAACCUGCUGUGCACACCAGCACACAACGUGCGCCCUCACCGGCCACAGUCACCGUGCACACAUCCACACUAACGCCAACACAGGUGGCAAUCGCACCUGUUACCGUCGGCGCUGUGGCAGCCGCAGUGGCGCCUGCAUUGGCCACAAACGCUCUGGAAGAGGAACAACCUGUCAAACCAGAAAUUACCGCUAUUGCCAAUAAUGAUGAUGUGCCCUCGGCAGCUGACGAUUAUGCUGCCGAAAAUGAGGAGCAAUAUUCCACCAUAAAGCGUUCGCCGCACAGCAAAUCGAAUUCGCUGCAAUCGCCAGAGACUUCGUCGUCUAAUGCGACCGAUACGGCUGUCUAUCAAGAUCAAGAUGAUGAGGGUGAAGAGCUCGAGGAGGAGGAGGUUGUGCGCACAAAGGUGUCGGUGACGGUGCAACAGCCGCAGUCGGUGAAGAAUGGUCUGAGCAGCGCUCUGGACAGAAACGAUUUGACUGAUUUGGUUAACGAAGAUGACUUUAUUUGUCAGGAGUCACUGGGCGAUGUUGGGCUGAAAGCAAGAGCUUUAUACGAUUAUCAAGCAGCCGACGAAUCCGAAAUUACUUUCGAUCCGGGCGACAUCAUCACACACAUCGAUCAGAUCGAUGAAGGCUGGUGGCAAGGGCUUGGACCCGAUGGAACUUAUGGACUGUUUCCGGCAAAUUAUGUCGAAAUUAUUAACUAAAGAAAAAGGGAAUUAAUUAUAUACAUACAAACAAACAAUAAUUGCGUAGAAAAAAACAAAACAAAUUUGAUGAACAAAAAUUUAUAGUUUUUCUUAUACUUUUACAAAUGCGAAUAACAACAAAUGCAACAAGCGAAUUAAAGAAAUAAUUAAAAUAAAUUAAAAAACAAUAAAAUCUCACCAAAAAUUAAAACAUUUAAUAACAAUUAAGCAACUAUAAUCACCAUUGCCGCGCCCUAAAUAUAGCAACAGCAACAACAUUUAGCACAGCACAAUUAAUGAAAUUUCAAGUGAAGCGGUUUAGAAACUCCUAAUACUACUGAAGCAAUUGAAUUCUUAUGCAUUUUUAUAGCAACAUACAUACAAUUAUAUAUACAUACAUCUAGUAUAUAGUAUAUAUUGAUGAGCGCCAACUAUUGACUGCAAACAAAAGCAAAAACAACAAAACUUACAAUUAUCGAAUUGAGCUGGAGACCAACGGCUGCGCUGCACUGCAAACACGCAAGUUUUUCCGAAUCAAAUUAAAUAAAUACUUGCAUUAGUACGAAAUUUUUCAAACAUAAGCAAAUUUUACGCACUCACACAUACAUACACACACCCAUAUAUGGUAUAUAAAAUUUUUGAUGCAUUUUUAAACAAUUUUUCUAUACUACAUUAAAAAAGAAUAAAAUUAAUGAAAAUAAAAAAAAUAAGCCUAGAAAAAAAUUCCAAAAACAAAAACUAUUAAAACCAAGUAUUAAAAUGUUAAAUAUAAUUUGUUCGAACUGUAAGCGAAAGUUAUUAACAAAAAAAAUUAAAAAAAAAUAUUAUUACAAAACAAUAUAAAACUAUUAGUGCCAAGCUGUAUAAAAACGACAUACACACAUACAGACAGACAUUGUAAACGAUUGCGUUCAGUAAACGAGAUUAUAAAAUUUAAAUUUUACGUAAAAUACACUAUGUUACAGCGCGUAUUUACAGAUUUCGUAAAUUUGUUGCCUAAAUGUUAAAAAGCGAGUCACGCAUAAAUAUAAAUAAAAUACAUUUGUGUUUGUUGUGUUAAGCUAGAAAGACAGUUACAUUUUGUUGGUGUUGUAGAUUUUCUGCUUUCUUAGUCAUUUUCUAAUUUAUUAAAAAACGUUGUAUUAGCAUGUGUUUAUUAAAAAAAACAAGUUUACAAUUUUUUUAAUAUUUGUUCAUGUUACUUUAAAAAAGGACUUAAUAAUUAAGGACUAAUUUUAAAUUGAACUAAGAAAAAAAUUUAAUAUCAAAAGAAAUUUAUAUACAUAUACAUAUGUGACUAUAAAAUAUAAAUUAAAAAUUUUAAUUAAAAUUGAGCAAACAAACUAUCCUGAAAUACAAAAUUAAUUAAAAUAUUUAAAAAAUUCUUAAUUAAAAUUCAAGAAACCAAAAAAAAUCUUAAUAACGAUUCCAUUUUUUAGUUUAAUUUUUUUAAGAAAUCAAAAAAUAAUUUAAAUAAAAAAAAUGUAAUUACUAAAUGUUUUUAAUUAAAUUAAUUUUACAAAAAAAAACUUAAAUCAAAGUUUAGCUAUUUUCUUUAUAUGUAUUUAUUCUAUUUUUUUUUUUUUAUUCAUGAAAUUAUUUAAAUACAUAAAAUGUUAUUAUUAAAACUUUUCAAUUAAAUUAAUUUAUAACAAAAGAAAAACUUCAAUAAAAGUUUAACUAUUUUCUUCACAUAUUUUCUUAAUUGAAAAUUUAUAACCAAUUUAUUAAUUAACAUUUUUUUAUAAUCAACAUUUUUUUAGAUUUAAAAAAAAAAAUUAAUUAACAUUUUUUAGUAAUAACAUUUUUUUAAUUAAAUGCUAAUUAACAUUUUGUUGAUUUCUUAAAAACAUUAAAUUAAUUAAGAAAAUAGAAAAAAUACUUUAUUACAUUUGUUUAUUAAUAAAACUCUUUUUAAUUCUUAUGAUUUCUUAAAAAAUUUAAAAUUUUUUUAAAAAUGUGCAUUAAUUUAUUCAUUUGUUUAAAAUUGUUUUAUUUGGUUAUAUUGUUUUGUUUAAAUUUGGUUAAUUAAUUUUUGUUUAUUUUUUAAGUUAAUUAUUUAUUUAAACUAAUUUUCUUUUUGUUUAUUUUCCAUAUUAACAUUUUUAAUUUUGAAAAUUUAAAAUUUUUUGAUUUAAUUAAAUUUUGUAAAGAAACUAAACACCACUUAUGCGCUCACGCACAUAUACACACACUUAUAUACAUAUCCUAGUUUAAAAACUUCCCCUAAGUUUUAUUAUUUUUCUGUUGUAAAACAACAAUGCGUCCUUAUUGCGUCCUGACAUGCGAAAUAUCAAGAAAGUCAAACCAGUUUUUUUAACUCGAAAAUGUUAUAUUUACAAUUUAGCGCAACGGCAUUAUGUAAUUAUAUUUAUGAAAACACUAAAAAAUAAAUAAUUUGCUUUAAAAAUACUGCGCAUUACUAAACUAUAUGCUUGGAACCUUUAAAAGGUGCGGCGUCCUUCAUAAUUUGUCCAUUUUAUAUACAAACAUAUACACAAGCCAACCUUUAUUAGUAUUACUUACGCUGUUAAAACUUAUUUCAAAACUUAAUUUUUGAUGUAAUGAAAUUUUAGAGUGUUUUUAUAUUGAAAGUAAUUAUGGUAGAAGGAAAGCUGACGUAAUUUAUUUGAAAAACUUUGUACUCGUACUUUUAUUCAAAACCAUUUUGUAUUCGUUUCCAUAAUUUUUAGAUCUAAGCCGAAUAUAAGGGAAUGAAAAAAUUAUCUACUACGAUUACUAACAAUAUUUAUUGUGAAACAAUAAUAAGAAUUCAAUAAAAAUAAAAAAGUAUACAUGCAUGUUUCGAAAAUAUGAA